GUAAGAUAAAAGAUUAUGAAGCCCCUGGUUUUCGCUACAUAUUGUAAAUGUUUUAAUGUUGUCAACGAAACAAAGGAAUUCGGAGAUAUACACCCACUUUGGAAUAAAAAAUGACCGUUAUCAAUAUAUAUAGCCCAUUGAAUUCUAACUUCAGACUACGGUACUACAAAGACUUGGAACGGUUUCAGACACAGAAAUUUCAACAUGUGGACAAAAAUUGCCUUUCUUGGCAUUGCCAUGAUAUCUACGAUAAACGCACAAGCUGGACCCGGGGGAACCUCUCUGGGGGACCACGGACAUGGCUCUGUAGCUUUCUCCGUGGGUUUGUCUCGGACCAUGCACAUAGCUAACGCCGAGACGGUGACGUUCGAUAAAGUGUUCUCCAACCUAGCCAGCGCAUACUCGGAACACACGGGCAUAUUUAAGUGUCCUCAGAGCGGAAUGUAUGUGUUUCACCUCCAUGCCUAUGACAUGAACACGGACAAAGCCAUGUGGCUGGAAUUAAAGAAAAACAAUGAACUACUUGUGUCCAUUUCGGGUUACGACAGCCAUGCCACCGCGGGAAACACCGUGUUGGUCCACCUUAACCGCGGGGACACGGUGUACGUGAAGGCUCGACAAGGACAAGAAUUCUCACUGUUUGGAAGGAAUGACGAGAUAUACGCCACAUUCACUGGGUACAAAGUGAGUGACGCCAGCUACCAGGCCCCUCCCGCCCCCGACCAGGACCCGUUCGCCUUCCUGAACGGGCGCAGACGAUAAAGUGAGACAGGACAUUUGUUACACGUGACUCUAUAUGUACCAGAAUUAUUAAGUUAAGACCAAUAAAGAUAUCACUGUUUUAAAUCGAUCUUCACUUAUAAAAUACGCAAUAGUCA